CAUCUAAUCGUAAGGUUAGGGUUUUUUCUAUUGUGCAAUCGUAUGGCUUCUUCCGUCUCCCAUGUCACUUCUGAACAACCACAAAAGUCUUAUGGACAACCAGGAAAGGGGCUGAACAUUCGUGACGUGUUGACCGAUGAACAGAUAGCCUUGUACCGUGAAGCGGUUCUCGUAAGAGGGUUUGAUUUUCCAAAAUUUCAACUCCACAAGAGUUCAGAUUCGGUCAUUGGUUAUUGUCGUUCAUCAAUUCAGGAGUACAAUAAAAUGAAUGGGACAAAUUACAAGUUUGUGAGAACUAUUGGGGCAAACGUUAAGGGUGUUAAUUUCAUCUUGUGCCUUGCUUUUGAGGCCAAGGAUAAGGAUGAUGCUGAUGGUCAGUCUACUUUUUUUUCUGCUAAUGUGUUCGAGGGAAACCGACCAAUCAACGUGAUGAAGACUCAUGAGUAUUAUUCGGAAGCGAUGCUUGAAGAUAUAUACAAGUAGUAGUGCGAGGUGGUAUUUAUUUCCGCUUGGAUGAAGGGGCGGUAAACUUCAUAAUUGUGGAUUUAGAACAUUGGAUACUUGUUUGGCCAUGUACCAGAGGUGGUUUGUAAAUUUACUGAAAACUAUGUGUUGACAACGAAUAAUGGUACUUAUGUCUCCCUUGUGAGAUUAUGCA